AUGAAGGUAGAGGACAGCGGGCAGUGCAAUGCUGCGGAUUCGUGUGGGGCUCUCACCCACCAAAACCCCCUCCUCAACAUUAAAGUCGAUAUCUCAGGGACCGUGCACCCACGCAUCCCAACCCACGCCUCCCACCCACGCAACCUCUCCCACGCAACCUCACCCACGCAACCUCACCCAUGCAACCCAACCCACGCAACCCAACCCACGCAACCCAACCCACGCAACCCAACCCACGCCCCCCACCGACGCACCUCACCCACGCACCUCACCCACGCACCCCAGCCCACGCACCUCACCCACUCAUCCCAGCCCACGCAACCUCACCCACGCCUCCCACCCACGCAUCCCAUCCACGCAUCCCAACCCACGCAACCUCACCCGCGCAACCCAACCCACGCAACCUCACCCACGCAACCCAACACACGCCACCCAACCCACGCAUCCCAUCCACGCAUCCCAACCCACGCCUCCCACCCACGCAUCCCACCCACUCCUCUCACCCACGCAACCUCACCCACGCAACCUCACCCACGCAACCUCACCCACGCAACCUCACCCACGCAACCUCACCCACGCAACCUCACCCACGCAACCUCACACACGCAUCCCAACCCACGCAACCCACCCACUCCUCUCACCCACGCACUCCAACCCACGCAACCUCACCCACGCAACCCAACACACGCCACCCAACCCACGCAUCCCAUCCACGCAUCCCAACCCACGCCUCCCACCCACGCAUCCCACCCACUCCUCUCACCCACUCCUCUCACCCACGCAACCUCACCCACGCAACCUCAUCCACGCAACCCGACACACGCCUCCCACCCCACGCAUCCCACCCACGCACUCCAGCCCACGCACCUCACCCUCGCAACCCAACCCACGCCUCCCACCCACGCACUCCAUCCCACGCACCCCAGCGCACGCCGCCCACCCACGCCGCCCACCCACGCAUCCCAACCCACGCCUCCCACCCACGCAACCCAAACCACGCAUCCCACCCACAAAACCUCACCCACGCACCCCAACCCACGCCUCCCACCCACGCACUCCAGCCCACGCACCCCUCCCACGCACCUCACCCUCGCAACCCAACCCAAGCAACCCAACCCACGCAACCCAACACACGCAACCCAACCCACGCCGCCCACCCACGCAUCCCAACCCACGCCUCCCACCCACGGACAAUGUUCUGAACAGUCCAGAUUUCGCUUCGACAGUUCGCCGGCACGCGUCUAUUUGAGAAAGGAGGAGAGUGGUGCUCUUAUCGUGACUUUGAGAUAA